AUGGUGGGGAUGGAGGAGACCGCCGGCGCAAGCCAUGCGAACGGCUCUGCGGUCACGAGACCCAAGCACGAUCCGUACGAAACAGACCCGAAUAUGAUUCCCGCCGACGACCCCUUUAUCUCUCGCCCUCAGUAUGGUCGAUAUACGCCACGCGCCGACGACUUCACCCCUCGCUUCAUGCACUGGUAUUAUGCUGAUCCGGCAGUCAAUAGCUAUUGGGAGAAGGUUGCGGAACAGUAUUGCACACCGGAGUACUCACUCAACAUAGAUGGGCCGAGGGAAGCUUUCGCAGCGGGUAGUGUCAUUAUUCGCGUUGACCGUGAAUUGGCUGAGGGAGCAGCAUUUGCGAAAUACUCAUUUGCGAAUGCGAACGAGUUGCUGGCGGCACAGAAAGCAGAUGACCCACUCAGGCAGAUUGGUGUCACAGUGCCUGUGGUGUACUUCUGCGGGACAAUUGAAGGGCGGAAUGUGACCAUUGAGUCCCGAAUCGCGGGUGUUUCUUUGGAGGUUGCAUGGAGAUACCUCGACACAGAGCAGAUCGACGCUUUGAAAAACCAGUGUCGCCAGAUCCUCCGCCGUCUCGAAACGAUCGAAAGCCCGGCAGAUCAACCUUCCUACGUCUCCCGCGGACUCAACUCCCAGGGACCACCUUCCGUCGAGACCAGCGAGCGAGAUAUCCUAUUCACCGAGAAGAGCAGGGGGGAGGAGUUACGCUUUACGCACAACGAUUUGGUUCCGAGCAACAUCAUAAUUCACAAUGGUCGGGUGGUGGGAUUAGCUGGCUGGCGUCAGUGCGGUUUUUUCGGCAACACCAGAGCUGGCAAGGUUCAUCAUCUCUUGAGGGGUCUUGACUCCGCAUCCCAGAAUGGCGCAGUCAGCUCCGGGGGCAGCGCGAGCUGGGCAGACCUGUACGAUGGUGACUACAACCCCAACAAAGGCCAACCCCUGGUCGCGAACCAAGAUACCCCCCUCCCGUCCGUGAAAACGGAACCAACAAGCUCUACUCUAGACAAGUUUCCCAUCAGUGAUGAUCUGGAGACAAAGUCAUGGAACACCGACGGUCAGGACGACCUUCCUACCUCGAAGACAGUCGCCAAUCUCAAGAACGGAAUUUCUUCACGUGCAUCCUCGAUCGAUCGAUCAUCCCCAGCAAACUCAGUCAAAGCGGCAAACAAGAGCACCACAACCAAAAAGGGCACUGCGAAGAAGCCUGCAGCCAAGAAACGCAAGGUCAACGAUGCAGACGGCGACAGCGCUGAUGCGCGCCGAUCCAAUACCCCCCUCUCACGCACCAGCAAAACGCCAGGAAAGAAACAAGAUUCUGUCUCAAUAGCAGGGUCACCUGCACCUGAGCCGAAAAAGAAGCCACAGAAGAAGAAGAAAGCACCCAAAACGGCCAGAACCCAAGAAAACGAUGACUCCGAUAGCUUUGAUGAAAAUGCAGUGUUCUGUAUCUGCCGCCGACCUGAUAAUCACACUUGGAUGAUUGGGUGUGACGCCGACUGCGAUGACUGGUAUCAUGGGAAAUGUGUCGAUAUCGACCCUCGCGACGCGGACCUGAUUGAUCGGUAUAUAUGUCCGAAUUGCGCCAGCGUGGGAAAAGGUUGCACGACGUGGAAGCCAAUGUGUCGUUUGGUCGAGUGCCGAAAGCCUGCGCGUGCCAAAACGAAACCCCCUAGUAAAUACUGCUGCGAUGAUCACGGUCGUGAAUUCAUGCGACAGCAGACUCAACAGCUUAAACAACGAGCGGGUCAGGCGAAUGGUCUUUUCGAGGAUUUAGGCAGCAUGGGCGGUAUACUCACCGCUGGAGACUUGAAAGCUGCUAUCCUCGGGGUGGCAUCCACAGGGGAGUUCCGAAGGCUUGGAGAUCGCAUCAUUUCCCCGCCACCAGAGACGGAGGAUAAGAAAGCGCUGGCGACCGAUAAAAAUAGCGAAUCGAAGCAACCAACCAGCAAGUGGUUGGACGCUGAUAUCUACACCAUCGGGGCUGAAUAUUCUCCUGAUGAAAUUGCGAAAUUCGAGAAGUUGCGCACACAGCGCGAUGGGCUAGUUCACCGCAAAGAGAUGCUCGCGGCGCGCACGACAUUCUUGACGCUUCUGAAGCCACGGGCUAAAGGCAUAGUGGAGAAAUUGAAGCAGCACGAACCGAAGGGUGGAUGGAAGGACAUCUGCGGAUUUGAUUCACGGCUUUCAUGGUCCGAUGAGGAAUUCGAUGAGUGGCGGCUCUCCGAGGCUGGGAAGAAAGCUCUCGCAGAGGGCACGGUCGAGGCCUUGGCUGCUGGUGUUCCACCCACCACUGAUGCAGAUGGCGAUACGUCGAUGAAUGGCGAAGCCGACGACGAUAUCACAUUGUGGACGAGUGGUGUCUGCACCAAAAAGCGAUGUGAGAGACACAAGCAGUGGGUCAAGGUGCAGCAGCAGGACAUUCACUUCGAGGAAGAAACGGCCGACCAGGACCUCGCCCGGUGCGAGGGGGAGGCUCGAUCGGUUGUUGAGCGAGGCGUGAUGAGACAAUGGGCUGAGAGAGACCAUAAAAUGCAAGUCUAA